AUGGAUUCCAACAAGACAAGUUACAAUGCUGGACAGACCAAGGGCCAAGCUGAGGAAAAAACUAGCAACAUAAUGGACAAAGCUAGCAAUACUGCUCAAUCAGCCAAGGAAUCAAUGCAAGAGACUGGUCAGCAGAUGCAGGCAAAGGCACACCAAGCUACUGAUGCUGUGAAGCAGGCGAUGAGCAACAAAUAA